CCUGUAAUCAACACAUAAUAGAGAGAAUAUCCUCUUUGUGAGUUUGAAUGUUGAGAAUAAUAAUGGGUCUGUGUACUUUGUAAACUCCUUCUGUAGCAUAAUUGUUGCUCCUCUGCCUGCAAGUCGUGCACUGUUAAACACACAGAAAAAGUCUUUGACUACUCAAUCUGAUACAUCUUGUCAGAAUAUAUAAUUAACCUGGGUGAGACCUAUUAAAGGUAAAAAUUCAGGAUGAAGCAGCAGUACACAAAACAGCACUCUUGCUGACAAACAGUGGACACAGCUGAGGACCAAAAAUCAACAAUGAAGCUCUUCAUGUAUUGCCUACUUCUUCUGUUUGCAACUAUGGUGGUAACUGCUGCCCCAAUCAGAGUGCGAAGAGACAAUGUGUUAAGCUUCCUAAAUGCGCGAACAGACAAUGUGCUAAGCUUCCUAAAUGAUACACUUGGCACAUCUACUGAGGAGACCAUACCUGCAAAUACAACAGCAUAUCGAAACCCUCCAAGUAAACCUGUGAAAGUGCAAGAUUCUGAAGAAACAGCAAACUCAUUCACAGAUACGUCAAAUGAAAGAUCUGCAGAGAGUUCUGACACCAGUGGAUUUACAGGACCUGAAGUAUCUGAUCAAAAUGGAAGUGAAAGCAGAGAUGCAGUGAAAGGUCUUGACAGUGAUGAGAGCAUGAGUUCUGAAGAUGUGGAGAAAGAUAAAACACCAUCAAAGGGGAAACCCAAUGUGGGGCUGAUGGAUAUGAGCAGCAUGCUGGUUCAGGACCAGCAGGGCAGCAGGGAGCACAGUGGACCACAGGGACCACAGGGGCCACAGGGGCCACAGGGGCCACACCAAGCAAGCAGAGAUUUUAACAGUGAUGAAGGAAUGACAGGGAAUGGAAAUUUGUCAGGAAAACCUGUUGUCCGUUUGAGUGGAGACCAAGUGAGUGUCAGUCUCCAAAGAAAGCCAUCACCAGGAAGAGUUCAUGGGGUAAAUGGUAUGCUGGCCCCAGACAGAAGCAGAGAACUGCUGGAUCAGGAUAGUUUGGAGUACAACUAUGGCAGACCUGCUCCAGUGGGUAACAGAGGAGAUAGAGACUAUGAUGAAACCAGAGAGUUUAUCAGCUCUGAAACGUAUCCAAUGGCACCUCCAGAGCACGUGCCCAGUAGCUUCUCUGUUCUGGCAAAGAGUCGAGCCUCCUGAGGAUCAUACAAACUGAUUCUAUUCCUUCCUCAUAAUGAGUCAAGGGCCGCCAUCUGUUGAGUCAUAGGAGGCUGACUGGCUGCUUCCAAAUAAAGUUACUUCUGGGACAUUUUCCAUCCAAAUUUAGAUUUUUACAUGUAUUUUGUUACGUGGUCAUGUGAACAAAUAUAAGAAAUAAAGAGGUUUUGAUCAUUUUGUGUUCGGCUUACUCGUGGAAACUGGUUAAAGCUGCUACAGCGUGAUAUUUGGUACGGAGAUUGUGGUAUCAAAAAUGUCAGAAAAUGAAAUCAUAAACUAUUUUCGAUGACUUAGUACAGAAUAAG